AUGCCAGCCUACAAAGAAAUGCUGGUGUUUGCAGCACUCUCUGCCUUCCUGGGACUGACCCAAUGUCAAAAGCUCCCAAGUUUUGAUCUGCUGGAGGAGUUUCGUGUUCCCGAGUCAAGUGGAGUGAAGAUAGUGGACGGAUCUCAACCUGAGGCUACGGCCUACCGUGUCAACCCUGCCAUCCACCUACGGAGGACUAUAAGCGAUGUGUAUCCAGAUGGACUUCCCUCCGACUACUCGGUCAUUGCGACAUUUAAGGUGACCAAGGACACGGCCAAGAAGUCCUGGGACCUGUGGCAGGUCAGCGACCCAGAGGGACGAGAGCAAGUCGGCCUGCGUUUCCAGGGGGAUACGCGCUCUUUAGACUUCUUCUACACCAGCCACCAUGGGAGCCAGAUGCUGAGGACCUUCAGUGGUGUGGAGAAGAUUUUUGAUGGCGAGUGGCACAAGUUGGCGCUGAGUGUGAAGGGCAGUCAGGUGAAGCUGCUGAUGGACUGCGAAGAGGUCAGCGUGGAGUCCAUCGAUGAGCCGAGGCCAGUAAUCCAUCAAGGAUACACUUCCAUCGUGAAGCGCGCAGCAAGAGAUCGCUCUGUCUCUGUGGAUCUCCAGCAGAUGGAGGUGUCAUGUGACCCAGAGAAGGCUUAUUCAGAAGGCUGCUGCGAGCUCUCCAGUGUGUGUGGGGGUUACGCAGAGAUCGGCCUAACAGCUGGAAGAGCGUCUUGCAAAUGUAUGCACGGACAACCCGGCAUCCAGGGAUCUCCAGGCCCAAAGGGUCACAUAGGUCUUCUAGGAAAAGCCGGAGACCAAGGAAGACAUGGAAACUGGGGGAUCCGGGGGAACACAGGAGAUUAUGGUAACAUUGGCGACACAGGCCUAAAGGGUGAAGAAGGAAUCAAAGGGGAAAAAGGAAUGAGAGGACUCUGGGGCCAAGUGGGAGACAGAGGACCUAAAGGGCUGACAGGAUUACAAGGGGCAGGGGGUUUCAAGGGAGUGCGUGGACCACCUGGAGGCCUCGGAGAGACUGGAAAACUGGGAGAAGUUGGUGCUAAAGGCGGGAUAGGAUAUGAAGGCAUUCCCGGGUUUCAAGGAGUAAAGGGAGUAAGAGGGAAGAUUGGUGUGUUAGGCCGUGCUGGAACCAGAGGAAAGCAGGGCAUUCUGGGAGAUCCUGGAGAGAGGGGAACUGCUGGACAGAAGGGAGUGCCUGGGGUCACUGGUCCUGGGGGCAGAGCUGGCACCCUCGGACCAAAGGGCAUUCUUGGAGACCCAGGCUUGCCAGGCAGAGAGGGUGAUUUAGGAAUAGAGGCUUACCAAGGACCACAAGGUCAGAGUGGAAAAGUUGGGCGCAUUGGAACAAAGGGAGAGAGAGGUGCCCUUGGGCCUGCAGGAGAAAUGGGUCCCCAAGGCCGAACUGGCCCAAGAGGUUACAAGGGUUCUGCAGGGAAGCCAGGAAGACCCGGAUUUAUCGGCCCACCGGGACCUGUUGGACACAUUGGUGUGUCUGGAAAACAAGGAUCCAAGGGUAACACGGGAAUCCAGGGAAUCCAAGGAGUAACAGGUGCACAGGCGGAGAAAGGAGUUAAGGGCCCAAAAGGAAAGGUUGGAGACAGGGGGGUGCCGGGUCUUCAGGGGGGACGGGGGAAGCGCGGCCCCGUCGGCCCAUCUGGACGUGCAGGUCCUGUCGGAGUCAAGGGGGUUCGAGGUGAAGGAGGACUUGAUGGCUUCCAGGGUCCCCGGGGUCCACCCGGCCCGACCCUCUCAGCUCAACACGUCAUCGAGGUUUGUAAGAAAGUGGUCCUGGUGCAGAUGUCCACCUUUGCCAACUCAGUGAAGAGGACGUGUGCUGCGGUUUGUCCUCUGUAUGGGGACGUCCCCAUGGGUGCCCCUGGUCCCACCGGACUGAAAGGAACCCCUGGACCUAAUGGUGACACUGGUAAUGACGGUGUUGACGGAGAACUGGGUCUGCCGGGAUUCUACGGAGAGGCCGGGGAUCUUGGCCGAAAAGGAGAAACAGGUGACAGAGGAGAGCAAGGUGAUAAAGGACCCAAGGGUUACGGCCUGCCCGGAUACUUUGGAGACCAGGGACCAAAGGGUCAGCGUGGACGUACCGGCAGAGCCUUUAACGGGCAGCCAGGACAGCAGGGGGAGAGGGGCCACGGGGGCCGGCCGGGCCUCAGGGGCCACGCAGGUCUCAGAGGCGCUCCAGGAGCUUGUCUCACCUCUGGGUGUGCUGUUGAGUCUAACUCCAACAGAGAGACACCUCGACCUGUGGCGCGGAGGCUGAGGAAUCGCCAGUAGAGAAAAAAAGAUGCUAUGUGGAUAACGAGAACAUUGAUCUUAAAGAAGGGAAAAAUGCUAGAUUGUUUUUGUUAAUAUUUGUUCAAAUCUAUUGAAAUGUUCAUGUAAAUAUGAAUCCCAAACUGAAACUCAACUUCUGGGAGCAGUUUGAUCUACAAGGUUACUACAAGGGACAACACAAGGAGAGUGGUAGCAAAUUAUUAUAUUAUUACAUAUUUGUAUAAAAAGGCCGUCUUCAUUGAUAGUUUUAUUUAAAUUUAUUUCACAAG